AGACAGGUUAUAUAAAAUGGCCAGGUCUGAGAGGUUGAUACACGCCAUCCGACUGGAUGUUUGGAUUAUUUUCGCGUUCUCCAUUGAUGUUCUACUCUCUGUGUUGAACAUCUUGUAGGGCCAGUGAAAUGUCACUGAGCCCUAGCCAAAUCAUCCGGCAGUUGGAUCACUGAAUGUCGAACAGAUCAUCGCUCCCUGCCAAGGUCAUGUACAAGCAACGCGCAUUAGUUAAUCAUAUGCCAUGGACUGGCCCAUGCGGCAGUGGUCUUACUUUCGCCUGUAUCUACCUUAACUAAUAUAUUCCUGUAAUAACGUCCUCUGUGUUGUACAGUCUUCAAAGUAUCUAUGGUACCUUGAUACGUCAAUGGGGUAGUCCACGUAAGGUGCUGACCACGAGGUGUGACUUCGACGUUAGCUACUUUAUCACACCAUUCACGUCUAACUCGAGUAGGCCUCCAAUCAUUUCGACAUAGAUCAUCUACGCUGGUGAUUUACACUGGUGAGCAAGACUUCGAAUAACGCAGUCUAUCACUAUGAUCUUUAUUUUUGCAUUCUAUACUUAUUCUUUUUCAUUUUUAUCAUCGCCUAUGUUAAUCUGUUACUGUGAACUUUCGUUGCUUCAUGUCAAUGUUGAUUAGUAUUUAAACUUAGAUACUUAGUUCGAUCGACAGAACUAACCAAUCAACUACGAUUACAAUCGGCUAUCAUGGUUCUUUAACAAGCAUUAGCAGCAUGUAAAUGCUCCUGUGUAAUAUGUCUUUUAAAAUAUCAACCACUCGUGAGUAUAGCCACAAGACAACACAAACGCAUAUCUCUUUGUACCUUAUCCACCGGUAUAAAUAAGACAAGAUUAACUAUCGACUAUAAAUUCAUCUUUCUGCUUAAUCACUAUCCACUAGAAUGUUCUGCUUUUUUACCACUGCCUGCCUAAUUUCCAAUUGCUGAGUUCCAUGGCCAAACAGAGGAUACGAAUGCUAGAAAUUCACGGUGAGUUUGAACUAUAAAUUUCCUGCGAUCUUAGAUCUCGUUUAGACUGUUCGUCAGUCUACAACGCUGUGUUAAUCGAAAAAUUUAAUCAACAGUACCUCGUACAUAAUCCAGAUUCAAACUAUUGCCUACUUCAUUACUUAAAGGCAAGAGUAACCCAGGCCUUCAAACAACAAUCUGCUAUAUGGUUUAUUAAUAUACUUUCAUUUCACUAUAUUUGCAAUGUCCAAACGAUUUAAUAAAAAACAACUUGUCGAGCGAUUUGAAAGAAUCAUAUUUCCUGAGUAUGAAGAUGUCAUUUUUAGAAAAUCAAACCAUUAUUAUUACACACUAGAAGUUAGUCGAUACAAAUUUCUCCCACUUGUACUUCUUGAUCACCAUAAGUAUACAGAAACUAGUCAUAGUUUUCAGCCGAAAUUCCCGAUAUUGUAUUACGGUGCACAGUAUGAUACAGUUACUGUAAAAUCAAAUGGAGAGAUAUUGAUUGGAAAAGGACAAAAUCCAUUGAUAGUGGGGAGAAAAAUUACUGCUUUCAAUGGCAUUUCCGAGCCGAUAGAUAUGGAAAUAUUAAAUAGUGAAAGGUUGAUUAGUAUUGGAUGGGUCAAUCUUCGUACUUCUAUGUCAAAUACUCAAGAAUUCAGUAAUAAUCGAGCCAAAGUAUAUUGUUACAUCUUUUCUAAUGGGAAAAUAACUAUUUUUUAUGAAAAUAUUCCGAUUGAAAUGGAAGACAAACUAGGUGACUUGUCAAUAUCUGACGGCUUCAAAUACAAUCAGAUGAAUGAAGUACCCAAGGGUCUUGUGUACAGUCGUAUACAAAUACCUACAUCCAUGGUAAAAUCUGGCACGUUAGUUGAACUUAUGCCAACAAAAGAAUUUUGCUCGAACAAACCUACGCGCAAAAACUGUACUUCUGCUUCUACACCUCGCACAAGAUGUUAUUGGUGUGAAUCUAUCGGGCAAUGUAGCAAUGGCUAUGACAUCCACACAGGAAUCUGGAUGCAAAAUGGUUGCCGAAACAUACAUAACUUUAGAAAGAAAAAAGACGUUCCGAUGGAAUUGAAUUUCUACCCUUCCAGUUAAUGUAGUGCAAUCACCUUGUAAAUCCUACCUCUGUGCUUGUUACACUUAUGUUUAUAAUUUCGACCCAUUACUGAUAUCUAAAAUUAAAAUCAUAACCAG